AUGAAAAUUCGAUUUUGUUUGGCUCAUAAAAGUUAGUACUUUUUGGUUCAGUUGUAUUUUUCUUGAUUUAGAUGGAUAAUUGAUAUAUUUCAAAUUAAAACUUCAGUAGCCGAGUUAGUGAUAAAGCCGAAAGGAAUAGCGAAGAAUCAUCCGGUGACUCCGCCUUCGACUCCGCCCAUUUCUCGAGGGGGCGUCGCGCAGCAGCCGCGGCAGCUUUUCGUGCUCCACGAAUCCUACAUGUGGUGUUGAGCAAUUCGUUCGGGUCUCGCGUGCAUCCAAAUAUUCGAACCCUCUCCUUGCUAUUUAGUCGUUUCCGGCCGAGAUUUGACCCCUCUCACAUUUCCACACGUUUUUUUCGGCUUCAAACCAGGAAUUAUCCCGCUUAUAGAAAAUCUUAUUGAUCCUUGCCUUGAGGCCAUUUGAUUUUCAGAGCUCAUGUUUACAAUUUGUGAGAAAUCCUUUUUUGUUUUGUAAAAAGCAGCGGCGUGAAGUUAUGAAGUCUGAGAGCCUUUAUCAAUUUUAUUUUGCCCCUUUAAACCUACCACAAAGUUUCUGUGAACAUCCGAACGAAUCUGAAAAUCAUGGGUACACCAGUGAUUAUUUUUUUUCAGUAAGAGCUUAAUAUUUCCUUCUAUUUAAGUUUCUUUCCGAAUUGGAUCAGAAAUUUGGUUUUGGUGAAAUCACUGACUUCGUAAGAACCUAAACUAAAACAUAGAAUCUUUUAGUUUCUUCAGUAUUCAAAAAAAAUUUGACGAACAUGAUAAAUGUCUAUAGAUAAUUUUGCUGUUCUUUCAAUUCUUGUCUCCUUGAAGACACCAGCAAGCAUUUCUCACUAGGCUAUAUUUUUUCCAAUUCUAAAUACUUCACUUCGCCUUUCCAAUAGUACCUUCUUUUCUCACCAAUAGGUUCAACGAGCUCAUGUCCACGUCAUUUUCACACGUUUUUGAACGAAUGGGAAAAGCAGGAAAAAUGAAGAAAAUACGCAUUUUGCAGGUGUGCCCCAACCUCCGACCGACGAAAAGUGAAGCUUCGGCAAGUGGAGCACUAUCAGAGCCGAAACGAGGCCGCUAGCCCGAUGCUUUGAUGUGGCGACGGUGCCGUCAUCGUUGUCCUCGUCUUCUGGAGCGCCACGCCGCGCCAGCCGAAUGCUCCGGGAACUGUCGACAUGGGUCUUUAUUGCCGUUUUCCUUCUGUUCGACGUCUGCAAAGGUAGAGCUCGUUAAACCUGCUUAGCUUUUUGAAUCUGCUUAAAGCUUGCAAUGAAAAUUUUCUCGUAUAUUUUUUCCUCUUUACUGAGUGAUAAAUUUCAAAUAAGCUCAAAAUAGCCUAACUUUUUUUGUUCCAUCAAUUAAACUCUUUAAAAAAAUUUUUAAAAGCUUCUUUCCAUGAAAUUUUCUAAAUCUUUUUGAGUUUUGUUGUCAAUUAUUAAUGGUCCUUGAAACUCACCAUUUUUUUGGGAUCAGUAUUAUAAUUACUAUUUUUCGCUCUGACAAGUUGGUUUCACAUUUUCGUCAAAGUUAUAGUUGACUUCGCAUUUGACAUUUUCCGCUUGUUUUUAUAGAGCUUUAUGACACAACAAGAAGUAAGCACAAAAAAGGACCAGAAAAAAUUUCGUCUUUAUUAAUAUGACAAUUAUUGAAAGCUACUUGAUUUCAUGAAAGUUUUCGUGAGUCAGAACUCUCUUCGUUGACUAGGAUAUGAUCAGCAUAUCGGAGGCUUCUCAUAGGACUUUGUUGACCCUCUGGUCCUCUCCAUUCAGUUUUCUGAGCGCCAUUAAUAAAUAAAGGUCCCAGUGAACAAAGCUACAGCUAUAAUAAAUUAAUACUGAAUUUUCUUUCUCACUGCCUUUUUGAAGUAGUUUUUAUUUUUGUUCCUAUUUUAGCCUACAAUCAUUUCACGGCCCACUACAAAACGAGCCUCUCGAGUGCCGGGAAAAGCUAAGCCGUUCGCGUUUUGCAAAUUGGGCCAAUUAUCAUGGUUGGCUCAUCGUUUCGAGAGUAGAUGGCACAAAGGAGUACUCGUUUUUGCUUGCGAGCCGGCAGAUGAAAGAAAAAUCGGCUGCCGAGCCGACAGUUGGUCCGUCCCUCGGGUACUCGCAAUUAAUUUGUGGCUGCGCUUUUUUCCGUCCAUCGCGCUAUGCCCUCGAAGCUUUCGAAGUUUUUGAGUUGGUAUCCGAAGAUGAAUUUGUGCGAGAUUUUAGGAAACUUCUUUGUAAACUGUUGGUCGCUUAGAAGAAUGCCUUUUAUCAGGUUACAAACCGAAGUUAACAUUUUUUUUUCAUAUUAAAUUUAUUUUCCGAUCUUGAAAACACAGUGAAAAUGGAAAAAAAUUUAAAAUUUAGUUUGGUUAUUAUCUAAUAGUAAUACUAAUUUUUAAAAGGGAAUCAAAAACGAUUUGUUUUUCUGAAUUUUUCAAUAUGAGGAAUAGGUGGUGCUGUCAUUAUCAAUUAAUUUUGAUAGAAGCGAAAAAAGUGGAAUUCAUAGUUUGAUAGUUCCAUUGAUCUAAAAAUCUGUUCUAGAUUUUUACAUUGUAAAAAAAAAACCAAACUUCAAUCAGUGAACCCAAGAGCGCUACGACAAUCGCGAGUUUUCCAUUUCCCCUUUUUUUCAAUUACCUUCUCUGCUUUUACUUGAACUUUUUAUUAAUUAAAAUGGAUAGUUGACGUUCCUGUCGGUAUAAUCCAUUCUGAUCAAGAUCAAAAUUAAAAAAGCAAAAACGCGGAAAUUGAAACUUUGCUCUUGCCGUAGCACCAACCGGAGAUGUUCUCUGUUUUCUAAUGUCAGUAGAUGUUUUUGCUGAAGAAAAAAGGCCGGCGGUCUAGAAACCUAUCGAGAGCACUUGUUCGCGUGCCGAUGUUGUAUGCAUUUGCAUUCGCACGUUUUUGUUGGGAGCUCCAAUUUUUGCUUCCGACUCUGCCAUUCUUCUUCGUCUCACCCCUUGUUUUACCACAUCUCCCGACGGCAGAAACGCUAGAGGAGGUCGCUCUUCACGAGAUAAGAAGCACGGGCCUUGAAAAUUAUAUCACAAAUCAUGUUUUUUGAAGCGAUAUUAUUUGUAGCCUUUCACGAAUUGAGGAGAGCGCUAUCGAAUAUUUCUAAAAAAUCUCCUCAUUUGCUUCAUUCAUUUCAUAGAUAUAGGGGGAUUUCAAGACGAAAAGAAGCAGACAAAAUAGCGACGCUUAGCUUUAUUCAUAUGAAAUCUCCAUGGGAUUUUCUUUUCAUUGCCUCAAGCUUCAUCGUUCAUUAUUCUACUAUUGUCUCUAACACUUGAAAUAGUCCAAAAAGAGACUAGAUUAACACGUCACAAAACAAAAAAAAAAGGAGUACUCAUGUUAUUGAGACCAACUUCGCCGGCUGUCACUUGAUUUAUUGCUUUUUUCGUAAUUUGAAGAGACGCAACAUGAGGAUUCGUUUGUUUAUAAUGCAGAAGCUCUUGGAAGCAAUGAGGGAAGAAUUUGGCUGUGUAGUAGUCCCAAUUUUUCUUGAGUGAUAACGUCUAUGUUGAAAACUUUUUCUUACUUUGACCCAAUAAUAGGAUGAAAAAUCAAAUUGUCUUGUUCGUUCGAUCCAAUAAUUUAUUUCCACCCUUGGUUGUGAAAUAAGAAUGGUUUCGUGCCCAUUGUGCCUGGAGGCACACAAACUUGCGACGGACACAUUAUGUAGAGCCGCUCUGCCCAAUUUUGUCCGUCGAACAUUUAUACUUGUGCCAAAGUGUGCGUAAAUGUGUCCACUCGAAUGAGACCUUAUUUGAAAAGCGGCGCCGAAGAAAAAAGGCGUGGAAGUUUUUCAGGAGAAAUACCUCCAGAGAAAUCUUAAGUUGUACUUUUCUUCACUUUAACAACUGCUUUUGCAAAGGUUUGGGUUGUGAUAAGCGUGAUCCACAAAACAAAGUAUAAUCAGAAAUAACUGAAAAAUACAUACAUAAUUAUCCAUUUUGAUGUCUAUUUGAGAGUAACAUCCUAAAUUGAGUAAGAGAGUUUUUCGUUUUUUCAGGGGCAUCAAUCUUCGGAAAACAUCGUAAAGUAACAGUUUUUUCAUUCUUAGGAAAAGAGCACAGUGAGCCCAAAUAAGUUGUUAUAUAUCAAAUAGUAAUGCAAAAGUAUAACGGAAAAAAAACGGAUGAGAAGUUUAAUUUGACAAAAUGAAGAAACAAAAACAAAAGAAAAAGGCUUUAGCUCUCUGAAUACUCGCAAUUAUUUUCCACCACUGAAAAGGCCACGUUCAUUUAUCUCCUACAGAUUUAUCAAAAAUCCUUUCAUUGAACUUUGGAUUUACAGCAACACGCACAGUGAAGUGCUUCUGCGACCGAGAGUCUUGCGAUGACAACCUUCUUUGUCAAGGAGAGUUCUGUUUCAUCGGCCUCUAUCGUUCAGACGACGGUGAGUUUGAACACCAAGUUUUCACUGAAUUUUUCUUGAUUGAAGACGUCAAGUAGCUUCUUUCCGUUAGCUUUUAGAAUGGUGAAGAAGAUACAUAGCUUGCAUAGAUAGCCCUUUUGAUUAUUUUCGAAUGUGUAGCAAAAAGAGCGGAAAUUUGGGCGAGAAGUCUCGUGUGGAAAUGCCCGAGGGACCUGUCCGACCGCGGCCGUUUGGACUCGCAAUUCGCCUUGAAAAUCAGGGGACCACGCUUUUCAACGAAUUGUGCGUCGCUACUGCACCAGUCGAAAGAAAAACUUAAUCAGCUUUAAAACAAACAAAAAAAAAACAGCCAAAUCACAGCGAAAAUUGACUCCUUCAUAUUUUUGUCCAUGUUCAUAGUCAAUUUUUCCCGACUUGAAAGGCGAGCUACAUAUUGGUUUUUGGCCGGAUCUUGGUCAAACGCAGCUCUCUUUUUGAUGUUUUUUUCGAUGACUUGUAAGUCAAACCUUCCCAAAAGGAAAAAAAAAUAAAUUUUGGUAACAGAUUAGAGGUGUUAUAGGAAUUUCAAGCAAUUCUGUAAGAAUAUAUAAUAAAAUGUUUUACAGUCGAUGUUCCACGGUUACGACAGCAUUGCGGCUCAGCCGAUGACCUAUCUUUUCUCGGUGCUCAUGAAAAUUGCAUUGAACGGGUUGACCAGUGGCAAGAGGUUCGAUUCAAUUUAUUGUUAUCAAAAAAAUUUCUAAGUAAUUUUUUUACAAUUGAUUUCACGAAUAAAAAAACAAUUAUUUUAAUAACACAUAAAUGAAACGCAUUUCCACAAACAAAAAAUUAAAACUUUGAUCUUUGGUCUUCUUCUUCUUACGCCUUUAUACCGCUAGAGCGGCGUCGGCGCACCAAGUCGAUUAGCCGAGGUCCUAUCCUGAUAUCAGUGGGCUGACUCCAGUGACAUAUUCGUCCCUGUGUGUGACGGCUGGGGAUUAUGAAGCCGUGGUUUCCCCCUACCAACAUUUCUUGUUUAAGAAGGUUGGGUCGGGGCGGGGAUCGAACUUGUGACCCUGUGGACCGUAGGCAGGCACACAACCUGUUGCGCUACGGCGCGUCUAAAACUUUGAUCUUUGGUAAUGAACAAUUUUCUUUAAGGUUUGUAAAUGUGCCGACGACUUCUGCAACACGUUCGCCUUCCUCCGUUCUUCGAUCGACACGCGUCCCGACAGCCGCGACGUCGUCCAGUUCACCAAACAGGACGGACCCUAUCCGCCAGUCCAGGACAGACCGGUGAGGGAUCCGAAAGGCUUCAACAAACGAAAGAAUAGAGAAUGUCGUCGUUAUCCAUCUUGUUCAUGCCUUUAAAACCCUUCGCACGUCACACUUUCAAUUUUCUUGACAGAGUAAUUCGAAAUUCUUCCCAUUAAUCCAGAAGCUCUGCUCUUGGGAUCCACUUUGUCUUCCAAAAAAAACGAAAAUGGAAAAUGAAGUUUCAAAUACUGGGUGCGCAUAAAAUAUGGCAACAACAUUCUGUCAACAAUUUCUCUAAAAAACUUUAGCAUAGAAAAUUUUGACAUGUGUCGAGAACCCCAUAAACACUAAGUUAUAUUGAAGACAGUGCUAGUUUAAUAAAGGCAAUAAAAACCUUCGAAUCCUUCCAAAAAAGGCUCCACACGUUUUCCUGAAUCCGCCUCAAAAAUUUUAUAACUCUUCACAUCGAACUUCGGACCCUAACUUGGCGGAAAGACGCCUUUUUAUCUUAUAAGAAAAAAAUGUUUCAACUAACGUUUGCCUUUGAUGAAGUUAAAGAUACCAAUUUGCUCGGAAAAAAAAGUGACAGGUCUCAACAUGAAGCCUCGACAAAAGUCUAGCCAAAAACUGGCAACUACCACACACGGCCUUUUUUUAAUUAAAUAAUUUAUUGACAGAUCAGCGUGAACCCUAACGCGUUCACUUGGAUCUAGAAUUUGAGCAAGUACUUUAUACAGUUAUACAUCAUUUGAGUCGUGGAGGAAUAGACAAGAAGAACUCGUGCAAUGGUAGAUAGACCAGUAAAUUUUUUAAAGACUUGGAGUGGUGGCUGAAUGGAAAUUUGGAAGUGAGUUUGUUCCAAGUAGGAAUUGUUUUAAAGAAAAAAUCAUUAGAAAACUGACCUUGAGAAAGCAGUCGAAGUGGAUUUCGCCUUAAAUUGGACCUGAGGGCAAAAAGUUCGAACUGGGGAAAAUGAUCGAUACCGAAGACAAUUUUAUGAAGGGUCAGAAUGUCAGAUCUAGCUCGCCUGAGGUAAAGUGGAGAGAUAUCAUUUGAGCUGCUAGUCAUUUAUGAGUUUCUUUUUCAAAGCGCAUGAUCGUUCUUCUUGUAAAGCUGAGAGCCCUACACAUAAAUUACAGCGAAAUAACUUUUGCAAUAAUAGAAAGAUUAUUUGUGAAAACAGAAGAAUAUUCGGGGCAUUUCGUGUAAAGUCUUCCCUCAAAGUGGUCGCUCUCCUUUCGAGACUACCACCUAGAGCACGGUCUCCGUGCUCCAGCACAACAUCUGCUGUAUUCUUAGCUUUUCAAAGCGCAACUGGAUGGACCUCAGCACGGAUGCCGCACGGUGCAUUCUGCUUUUUUGCACUCUGGUGCGUAAUUGGGGUCUGCACCGUGCGAUUUUGUUGACUUUUUGGUGCAAAGGUGUCAAAUCAGUGCAUCACCAGUGCGACACCAAAAAAGCACCAAAGCUGCACGGCGCAGACUCCAGUUUCGCACCAGAGUGCAAAAAAGCAGAAUGCACCGUGCGCCAUCUUUGCCGAGACUGCACGCGAAGGAGGCGAAGCGAGGCGACGGACCGUAAGACCAUGCUUUCAACUCUUUCGAAAAGUUCGGACUUUGGUUAGCCAAAAGCGGUUGUUGGCUGAAGCUUCAGAAGUCCUUUUUCACCGUCUAGUCAAUCACAUCUGACGUGAACAACAAAAGGAACGAAUUGAAUAAAAAAAAUUUUCCUAUUUUUGUGUCUGAGCUAUAUAUUCAGAGGAAAUUUUGAAUGAGGCAUUCGAAUAAUUGUCAAAACCGCAUGCGCACAUUUUUUUCGAAAAAAUUCGUGACUUGAAAAUAACAGAACCCAUUAUUGCUAUAGAAUCUUUUUGGAUAAAGCAAAAGCACCGAUGCGAGGAAGGACUUGAUGCAACGAAAAAGUUGCAUUAACGGAGUGGUCCCACAGUCAUCACACGGCUCAGCAAAUCUCACGCUCGUCUGCCUAAGUCGGCGUCGAAAAGUCGCUCAGCUGCUCUUAAGGGAAACCACAGUUUUCUAACACGGCUUAAAAGAAUGGUCGUCAAAAAUGGAGUAAACGCGAAUUCCUUCUAACGCAACACGAUGCUGCGCGUGCCAAACCCAUAUUGCCGUGUUCAAAGUAAUUUCCGCGAAAUGCAAAAUACCCGUUAGAGAAAGGAAAAGAUCACUAAAUUUUGGAGAGUCAGAGAUCAUUUUGCAUUUCGCGGAAAUUACUUUGAACACGACAUUAAAUUCCUUCACUUUUAAUACAGUGUUUUCUUCCGUAUUUUUGAUGAUUCAGUAUUUUUGCACAUCCCGUGUUUUUUCAAAAUGUUUGCGCUUUACAAAGAUUUGAUGUGAUUUUAGACUGUUUUUGGCCCAAAUUCCCAUCAAAGUGACAUUUUUGAUUAUAACAUAAAUCGCACAAAAUAUAUAGUUUGUUUUUCUGAUUAAAAACUUCGAAAAGACUUUCUUAAGAGAAGUGCAUUUUUUCCUUUGGAAAUUUUUGAUUGACGAAUUUUGCUAUAAAACGGCAUUUUGGGAGGUAUUCUAAUUUGCAGAAGCUAUUUCGUCUCUAUUUUCAUUCGAAAAGAUUUUUUGUCGCACGCAUUAAAGUACUCACAAAACUUACGAGAAUUCAGACAAUUUGUCAUUUUAUGCUCUUUUUCCAAACAACAAAAACAAAAAAUUCGACUCUCCCCCUGCGCCCCUAUUGCAGCAAACCGUGCCGCUGUUGCAGCCAGCCACUCUUACUGACCACCGCUGUCGCCCGUUUGAGGACACUGUGGAAACCUAGCAUACACACCCUAAACAGGAAUUUCUUCUUAAAUCUUGCAAAUAUGCAAAAUAUCCUCAAAUCGUGCAAAUCAACCACAAUAUGAGAAUCCAUGAACUACUAUAAACUAUGAAUUUCGCUUCGUCGUGUUCAAGCUUUCACAUCUACUUCUGAGCGGAGUCAAUGAUCCUCCCGUUAAAUAGAACAUUUUUAUAUGUAUUUGGUUUCAGGAAUGGUCAGGGACACGACAGCAGAGUAGCUCGCUCAUUGUGCUCCUCGUCAUAAUUCCGUUAUCCGUCGGAGGAUUCGCUGUUUGCCUCAUCUUUCUCAACUACCACUGCAAAAUGUGCUGA